CUCGACAUCUGCGGCCGACACGGGAAUAUAUGGGAUUUUUGUUUCCAAUGUCACACGGCCCUCAGUCUCGGCACUGUUCCUAAGUUCUCGGCGAAGAACCUCGUCAAUGUUAUUAUGUGCCAGCAUUAUCCGGUUGCAUUAGAUGAUCUCACACCGGUUGAGGAGUGUCUUAUUGCGAAAUGUCAUCCAAUUGGCACUAUCAUCAAAAUGCGGCCAGGGGGCCAUCUAUCUCCGAUUAAUUAUAAAGCGCUGCGAGGCCAUAUCAUCGUCAUCCCACAAGACCCGGGACCGCUUCUCCAGAUCCUACCUAGUCCUGAACUGAAACUAGACAACCUUAUCAAGGUUUUCUGGCUGGGGAAUCGUGCCCCGGUAGAUGCGGAUCUUAAGCCAUUCCUGCAAGUUCGGAAGGAUAAGGUUCUAGCGGCUUUGCAAUAUCUGGUCCAGCACAACCAUCUAUAUCACGACCUCACCAUCAAUCACCAAAUGAUAGACACUUGGAGUGACGACUUUAUCCCGCCCGAGAUCCGUGACAAUAUUAUCUGCCUUGGGAGCCCAGAUCACCACGAGCGCGAGGGAUAC